AUGGAUUGUAACAAAUUGGUAGAAGAUAGGACCCCUGAAUUAGAAAUGGAGUUCAAUAGUGAAGAGGAUGCGUACAAGUUUUACAACAACUAUGCCUUUAAAACGGAUUUUAAUGUAUGCAAAGACUAUCUAAAUAAAGACAAAGACGGUGUGACGACGUCUAGGAGAUAUAGUUACUGCAAGGAAGGUGUAAAACGCAAGUACGAAGGAAUGUUAAUUGAUUACAACUUUUUUGGAGACGUAGUCACAUUCGACACAACUUACAAAAUAAAUAAAGAAUACCACCCACUUGUAGUGUUUGUGGGUUUUAACCAACUUAGGCAAAUUGUGAUAUUCGAUGCUGCCCUUAUGUAUGAUGAGACUAUAGAUUCUUUCAAAUGGGUAUUUGGUACAUUUCGAAAAGUAAUGUGCGGAAAGCGUCCAAAUACCAUAUUAACCGAUCAAGAUCACGCCAUGGCAGCCGCUCUUUCAGUUAUCAUGCCAGAAACAUUUCACGGUCUAUAUACGUUUCACAUAAGGCGUAAUUUUAUGAAACAUCUUGGCAAUCAUUAUAAGAAAAAUAGUGAUCUUCCAUACAUGUUUGGUGCCUGCAUGUAUGAGUUUGAAGAAGUGGAACAGUUCAAUAGGGUGUGGGAGGCGAUGGUGAAAAAAUACAAUCUUGAAAAUAAUAAAUGGCUUUUCGAGUUGUAUCAAAUUCGUGAUAAGUGGUUCUUUAGACAUUUCAAUCGAGUGAUUGAUGAUAAGAGACAUAAUGAACUCAUCACAGAAUAUGAAAUGAGGCAAAAGCUCCCUAUGGUUGGGUUGAGGCAAACACCUGUGCUUGUACAUGCAACAGAAACGUAUUCACCCACCGUAUUUGUUGCAUUCCAAAAUGAAUAUGACGAGUCAACAGCUAUGGUUAUAUUGAGACAACAAGAUGCAGGGAUAUUUGUAGAGUUUGCGGUCAUGAGAUAUGAUGGAGGAUCUGAAAGAAUAGUGGUAUUCAAUCGGAAUGAUCUAAAUGUACAUUGUAGUUGCAAAAAAUACGAGAAUGAAGGAAUUUUGUGUGGACACUCAUUGAAGGUGUUUGAUACCGUAGGCAUAAAGACAAUUCCUCUUGAAUACGUUAAGAGACGAUGGACAAGAAGAGCUCGAGCUGGAGACUGUUUUGAUCGGUAA